AUGGCGGAAGAGGAAUGCGAAUUAAAUGAGAAGCAAAAGAGAGAGAUCGCUAAAUGGUUUCUUCUCAACUCACCCGGCGGUGAAAUCCAAUACAUCGCCAAAGAUUUGAGAUCGUUAUUGAAUGAUGAGAAAGUGUACAAUGAAGCAGCAUUGGAGGCAUUUCCUCUUUAUAAUAAAUCUCACUUGAUUUGCCUUGAAUUACCUAAUCGAAGCGGAGAAGUGUUGGUUACGUCUUAUAAUGAGCUUGAGAAGAAUGAGUAUCUUGAUCCUAGAACUGCACAGGUUGCGACAGUUGACCAUGUUAAGCAAGUUUGUACAGACGUGAGACCUGCAGCUGACGAGGAACUUUCAUCAUCAUAUAUUGAAGAAUUUCGUUGUGCCCUGGAUGCAGAAAUACUCAAAUAUGCAGCAGAAGCUUAUCCAAAAGGUAUCUGUUCUGUUUAUUGCGUUAAUGGGAAGGAUGUGGAGGGACCAGGAUCUAAUUUCGAGCUUUUAGUGGUCAUUUCUGCUGCUAAAAAUAGCCCACAGAAUUUCUGCAAUGGAAGUUGGCGAUCAGUGUGGAACGUAGAGUUUAAGGAAGAUGUACAAAUGCUAGAAGUAAGAGGCAAAUUACAGGUGGGUGCUCAUUAUUUUGAAGAGGGAAAUGUUCAGUUGGAUGCAGAACAUGAAUGCAAAGAUGCAACAAUCUUUCAGGCCCCUGACGAUUGUGCCAUUGCCAUAGCCAACAUUAUUCGGCACCAUGAGGCAGAGUACUUUGAAUCUCUUGAGGCAUCCUAUUCAAAUUUGCCAGAUACCACUUUCAAGGAUCUGCGAAGAAAACUACCAGUUACUCGCACUCUAUUUCCAUGGCAUAAUACUCUACAAUUCAGCCUGACAAGAGAUAUCCAGCGGGAACUUGGAAUUGAUAAGUGA